AUAAUCCAUAAAACACAAUAAUUCACAAUGGUUGUGAAACGUUCCAAUAGAAAUAGAGCUUCUUCUGCUAUGUGAUGUGGGUUUUGUUUUAAAGCGAGGAAUGCUUCUGUUACUUCUGGAUAUUUAUUCCAUACUGUCCAACAUUAUUUUUUUCCAUGGCCAAAGAAUGACGAUGUCCUAUCACACCCAGUAAAUGCAUGGAAAACAGGGAGACAUCCAGAUUUGGUAGGUCCAAGAGCUCUUGCCAUCUCAUGAGCAGCCAAAUACCUAUAGUUUUUUCCAGUUCCAAAUGCAACCUAUAUGCUAAUACCUAGUUGGGCAGAGGCAGCUACAGCAAGGACAACUAUAUCAGUAUCAUUGCUUCUGAUAAGUAUUCUGGCAAACCCUCUUCUAGCCAUAAGGGCAAUGUGGACAAACAUUUUGGUAUCUGCUUCUUCAUGAGAACAUGGCUCCAAGUCAUUUGUAUCACUAAUUGCAGGAUUGCAAAUCAUCUUCUCACCAAUGGUGGUCACAAUCUAAUGGAAGACUUGAUAGUUUGUAGGCUAAAAUACCAAACAACUGUUGCUUGUUUGAGUCAUCUCUCAAGUAAGAUUGCCAGUUUCUGGGCACAGUGUUACCAAGAUAUGUGUAGGUCAUCCUUCUGUCACCUUUCCCACGCUUCUGUCUCGUCAUUGUCUUCAGACUCCUUGUCAGGUACUCAUCCCAAAUUAUAUCGAGGCGAUCAACAUGUUGCAGCUAACCUUGGAUGUAGGGAAGGAAAACAUCAGUGGCAUA